UUCAAGUUUACUAUUUUUUUGAUGAUAAAUGUUGGAAGCCUUAAGAUCUCCUUUUUUUUAACCGUAAGCUCUUGUUUAACUAUCUAUUACCAGUGUGACUUAAAUUGUAAGUGAAAUUAAGAAACAAUCAAAUUGCCAUCGAAAAAGAUAAUUGACAUUUUCCAAUUUUUGGAUUGAUGAUUGGAUAAAGAUUGCCUUUGAAAGUGAAACAAGCCAUCCAGUUAUAUACAGUUUUUAUACACAUAAAGACAACCAAAGGUGUAUAUAUCUAUGUAUUUUAUGGUGUAAACAGAAGAUAACGUUUUUUGACAACACCAACCAUGGACCUUAAAUGGGAUAAAAUGUCUCCUGCUGAGUUUGAAAUGCUUCAAGAUUACAUUCAAUAUACUUCCAAAAAGUUAAGUGAUGUGAUGGUAACCGAGUUUAAAGAGGGAGGAUCAUUGUCAAAAUAUAAUCCAGAAGAGGACAUUGAUUUAGAAGGAUUUCAAAAAUUUGUCGAUAUUUACCUGGAAACUGAUACUCCAAUCGAUUUGGUUAAAAGAUUGUUCCUAUCGUUUGUUAAGAAAAAUUUAGUCGCCAAUCAAUCUGCCAAUAUAAAUCUCAAUACAAACAUCCUGAUCAAUAACUCUAAAUCAACAGGACAAACAUGUUAUCCGGAAUGCAAACUUGCCCGAAUGGCCGUCGUUACCUCAGCAGCUGCUUGUGCUCCAAUAACAGUUCAUGCAACUUCUGGUUCCCUUCCCGAGCUUACCCGUGAUUUGAUAAACAUCGAGAUUAUCCAUGAAAAUAAAGAGACAAACAACAACACACUUGGAGUGGGAGGUGGUGGGGAUGGAGGUGGCAAUGAAAAGAGUCAUUAUCCGAGCCUAGUUGAACGAUUCCAUGGACUAACAGAGAAACUUCAUAGCAUCGGUCAUUAUCAAAGUGAGAGCGGCUCUGGCUCUAGAGGACGAUCGGGUACCUGGAGUUCAUCAAUCCAUCCAAUUGUCUCUGUAACUCAAACAUUUCGUGAUCAAAAGUCAACUGGUUCAUCACCAAACCAUGGACAAAUGUCCCGUAACUCAUCGAAAAAAUCAAACACUUCAUUAUUGAUUCAUCCAGUUGAAAUUAAGCCAUUAAGAAAAGGAAGUUCCAGUAUUGAUGUUUUGUCUCUUCGAGUUCCGUUCAAAGAUGUCGUCUGUUAUCUCUCAUUGCUUGAGGCUGGUAGACCAGAGGAUAAAUUGGAGUUCAUGUUUCGUCUCUAUGAUUCUGACAGCAAUGGAUACUUGGAUAGCAAUGAAAUCGAUUCAAUUGUGGACCAAAUGAUGACCGUUGCUGAAUACCUCGGCUGGGAUGUAACUGAAUUGAAGCCUAUACUACAAGAUAUGAUGAUUGAAAUUGAUUAUGAUUCAGAUGGAGCUGUAUCACUGGAAGAAUGGAAAAGAGGCGGAUUAACAACGAUCCCUUUAUUAGUUCUUUUAGGCUUGGAUUCUCACAAUGUCAAAGAUGACGGUCAGCAUGUUUGGAGGUUGAAAAACUUCAAACGUCCAGCUUAUUGCAAUUUAUGUUUAAACAUGUUGGUUGGUUCGUUGGGAAGGAAAGGUCUUUGUUGUGUCUUCUGUAAAUACACUGUCCAUGAAAGGUGCGUCCAACGAGCUCCAGCUUCGUGCAUCAGCACUUAUGUAAAGUCCAAAAAAACUUCCCAGAUAAUGCUUCACCAUUGGACUGAAGGAAAUUGCAUUGGAAAAUGCAGCAAAUGUAAAAAGCCGAUAAAAUCGUACAACGGAAUCACAGGUCUUCACUGUAGAUGGUGUCAAAUGACGCUGCACAGCCAUUGUGCAUCCCAAGUUAAACCAGAGUGUAAUCUGGGUGAACACAGGGAUCACUUGUUGCCACCAACAAGUAUCUGUCCAAUUGUUUUGGAGCGACAGAAGAGUUUAAAUAGUGAGAGAAAUCAAAAGAAAUCAUUGUCCCGAAAUGAUUCAGAUUCCAAAUCAUCUUCUAUCAGUCCAAUUUCAUUUCAAAUAACUCCUUUAUCUGGAACUCAUCCACUUCUUAUUCUGGUUAAUCCCAAAAGUGGUGGAAGACAGGGAAUGAGAAUUUUUCGUAAAUUUCAGUAUCUUUUAAACCCAAGACAAGUUUGUAACAUUGCCAAAGGUGGUCCUGCCCAAGCUCUACAAUUUUAUAAAGAUAUUCCAAACUUCAGAGUUCUGUGUUGUGGCGGUGAUGGCACAGUUGGCUGGAUCCUUGAUUCCAUAGAUAAAAUGAGCUUGAACUCUAAUCCACCAAUGGCAAUACUUCCCUUGGGAACUGGGAAUGAUCUUGCACGCUGCCUUCGUUGGGGUCCAGGUUAUGAUAAUGAAAGUCUCAACAAGAUACUCAAAAGGGUUGAACACUCGUCGACUGUAAUGCUCGAUCGUUGGAAGAUUGACAUUUCAACUUGUGGAACAGAAACGGAAAAAGGUGAUCCCAUUCCAUGUAACAUAUUCAACAAUUAUUUUUCCAUUGGAGUGGAUGCUUCAAUUGCAAUUAAAUUUCAUUUAGAGCGUGAAAAACAUCCUGAAAAGUUCAACAGUCGCAUGAAGAACAAAAUGUGGUAAUUCUGUGCAACCUGUAAAAAUCUCCAUGAAGAUGUCGACGUUAUGUGUGAUGGUGUUUCCCUCGACCUUCGCAAUGGACCUUCACUUCAAGGUAUUGCCGUCCUUAACAUUCCAAGUAUCUAUGGAGGGUCCAACCUUUGGGGUGACAAUUUGUCUCAACGAAAUCGAAGUAAAAUUCGUAAAAAGGCAAAGAAAAAGCGUCGAAAGGAACGUGAAAAUUCGAGCAACUCUUUUUCAACGACUGACUUGUCCACUGCAAUACAAGAUAUUGGUGAUAAAAUGAUUGAAGUAAUUGGCCUUGAAAAUUGUAUGCAUGUUGGUCAAGUAAAGGCUGGAUUAAGAGCUUCUGGUCGAAGAUUGGCUCAAUGUUCAUCUGUAGUAAUAAGAACUCGAAAAAGGUUUCCAAUGCAAAUUGAUGGUGAACCAUGGAUUCAACCUCCAUGUACAAUUCAUAUCACACAUAAAAAUCAAAUGCCUAUGCUAAUGGCUCCAGCACCUGAAAAAAAGUCUCAUUUCUCAUUUUCAUGGUUCCAAAAGUGUGUAGACAAAUGAAGAGCAAAAGAGACGAACUUUUUCCAUGGAAAUCUUUCAAUUUCAAAUUCUCACUUUAACCUUAUUAAAAGCCUAAUCAUCAUUCAUUUUUCAUCCAAGUUCCAAAAGUUGAUCGCAACUCUUUCCAAAUGGAAACUGAAUUUCCAUUGAAACAAAAGUCAUGAAAAAUCAACUUUAAUGCCAUUAUCAAGCCUAAUCGCCAUAAUCGUCAAACUAAAGAAAAAGACAUUUCCAAUUGUGAUUCAAGUUUAGAUAUCAUUAACUUAAUUGUCUUCUUCCUUGUCAGUCACCUUUUUUUACUCCGUUUGUCCAUUCCAAUAGACUUGGACAAAUGUUUUACUGUUGAAACCUUGACCAUUGUUGAGGGAAAAGCUGAAAACUUGAUCCAUGAAAAAAUGGAAUUUAUGAUGAAAAGAAGAUUUUUUUUGUAUAACUUGCACUGUUAAUGAAAUAUCAUUUAUCAAGAGUAAAAUCCUUAUUGACCAAAGUAAGGUUAUUGUAUUAUAACAACAAGGUUGAAAUAAGGUUAACUUCACCAUUAACAGGAUCACAAUUAACCUGUCAAUGUUUAACCUUUAUUUUCAAGGAAUGACCAACACCUGCGCUUCCGUGCUAAAAGUGAAGGGAAAAAGUGCCAAACCAACCUUUCCAUGUAAAUCCAUCAAGAGUGCUUUUCUUGUUGCUUUUUUCCAUUUUUUCUUCCAUUUUUCUCAUCUUUUUUUCUUCUCUUCCAAAGCAACUAUUGUUGAUUUAUUGUAAAAUUGUUUCCAAUUUAACGAGAAAACGCGUGUUUCUCCUGGUUAAUACUUUUGCCAAAGUCAAGUGAGAUUCUUGUCGAAAUAUGAAAAUGGUUCAAUUAUUUCUUACACUGAAAAUAUUGUAAAUCUUGUUUUACCUUUUAACAAGUUAAUUGUAUUGAGCUGUUUCAUGGUGUAAAUAACAGCAUUUCAAGUUUGAUAAUCGACUUUUUUGGUUUUUUCUUCUUCUUAUUCUGUAAAUUAUUAUUAAUACGUUUCAAUUGAUCGAGUAUGAAACUGAAUUUGUUAAUAUUAUUGUUAUUU